AUGUUCACUUUCCUCUCGUGGAAAGUACCCGUGCCCACUCUCCUGGACCCCAAGCUCUGCUACCUCCUCUUAAAUUUCUGUUUUCGUGUAACAGCUUGGCCACAUGUUCCGACAGGGGACAACUGCCCGAGCUCCGAGUGGAGCGUCAUGUGUCGUCCAUGUUGCGAGUACCACCUGAUCCAGUGUCGGUGUCCCUCAAAAGGGUCGAUGGUAGGUUACACUGUACCCUGCUGCCGCAAUGCUCUGGAUCAGUGUGACCCCUGCAUCAUUCACCCAGGCUGCAGUCUGUUUGAAAACUGUAAGAGCUGCCACAAUGGAACAUGGAAAGCCAAUGAUGAUUUCUUCGUCAAUGGAAAGUAUUGUACAGAGUGCCGCCAAGGCUGGAGUGGAGGCGACUGUAAAACAUGCGGAGGCGUCAUCCAGCGGGCUCAGGGUCACAUAGCCCUGGAGAGUUACCCAACAAAUGCCCGAUGUGAAUGGACAGUGCAAGUGCAGAAGGGCAGCAGCAUCGAGCUCAGGUUCUCACUGCUCAGUUUGGAGUCUGACCAUAACUGUCGUUAUGACUACGUUGAGGUGCGAGACGGCGACGAUCUGAGCUCCCCUGUGAUUGGCCGGUUUUGUGGGGAUCAGCUGCCUCCUCCAGUAAAAAGCUCUGGGAAUUUCUUGCACAUCCUUUUCACCUCAGAUGGCUACAACAACUUUGAUGGAUUUGUUAUUACUUUUCAGGAGAGUUCAGGCAGGAAUCCAGCGUGUGCACCUCCAGAGGAAUUGGCCAAUGGAUAUUUGCUACCUGUAUAUGGCCUCAAGGAUGAGGUUGUGACUGUAAACUAUCGGUGCCAUCCACCUUUCACUCUCACCGGCUCCCAGCAGAGGACCUGUCAAACUAAUGGCAUGUGGAGUGGCACAGCUCCCACAUGUGUGAAAGGCCAAACAAGCAGAGUCCAGUGUGCCCCUCCACCCAAAUUGCCGAACGGCUACCACAGACCUGCUCUUGACACAGCAGCGGGCGCAGAGACGGUUGAGUUUUUCUGUAAAAACUCCUACAUUUUGACUGGAAACCACCUGAGUGCCUGCCUCCCUAAUGGAUCCUGGAGUAGCAGGCCACCAAAGUGUGUGAAAGCUUGUCGAGAACCCAAAGUGUCUGAACUUGUGCGACAAAGCGUUGUGAAGCCAAAUCUAUUACCAAGACAGUCCAGUGCAGGAACAGAUGACGCAGCUUUGGACGAGCUUCCUCGUGGUUUUCACUCGAUCUACACGAGCAUCAAGUACAAGUGUGCGUCACCUCUCUACCGCCACACAGGAAGCCCCCGACGCACCUGUCUGAAGACCGGCAGGUGGAGUGGGCGUCAUGUUUCCUGCUCACCAGUCUGUGGCAAAUUUGCCACUUUCAGUGUUCACAACCUCUCAGACACUCAGUGGCCGUGGCAUGCAGCCAUCUAUAUCCGCUCACCUCCUGAUCACACUGCCAGCGGCACCCACAGGUCCCGUGGAAUGAGCAUGUCCGAGCAGCGGGAGGUGUCGGAGGAAUCUUCGUUCUGGUACCUGACCUGCAGCGGGGCUCUGCUCACCCAGCGUAGCGUCCUGGUGGCAGCUCAGUGUGUGGUAGGCAAGGACAAGCAGCAGCCCCUUCACCCGGCACACGUGAAGGUUGUCAUAGGAAUGCAGAACCAGCCGAGAAGCCAGCGCCACCUCAGGGUUUCAGAUAUUUUAGUGCAUCCAAACUUUUACGUUGCACCAGACUCCAACGUGGCUGUGCUCAAGCUAAAGGACAAGGCCAAGAUCAGUGAGCGCGUGUUGCCAGUGUGUCUACCCAGAAUGCAAGGAGGAGAGGUGAUAGUGCAGGAGGCUUACACCACGAGGUGGAUUUUACCAAACAAUCAGAGGCACCUGGGCCGCUACACCGCUUCCAGCCAGAGCAAACUUGUUGAGCUGAGUGAUGUUACUCAAUGCGAAAGAGAGUUUGCACAAGGAGGAACACAUACCACAGAGAUCAGUGACAAUGCACUGUGUGUCAUUAGGAAGCCGUCCAGUCCUGAGAGCCCCUGUCCUAGUGUUAUUCCAGGCCUCACAGCCGUGCCAGCUGGGUUUUCAUCCACAAGUGGUGUGUUGUCUGGUCACGAGGAGACUCAGGGAGCCUCCGGCACAGGCUGGCAGCUGCUUGGUUUAGAGAGUUUCAGCUAUGAGGAAAAGAACUGCCACCUACAGACUUACACGGUUCAGACACGAAUAAGCAGCUUUCGAGACUGGAUAGAGGAAAACAUGAAAUAGAUUGUUCUUUUUUCUCAACAUCUUAUUCAAAGAUCAUUUUCAGUGGCUGUUUAAUAGUGGUCUAUCUCCAGUCUCAUAAAUCUCAUAUCUGGUGUGAAUGGCAGAUAAAGAGGACACAGUGUCGUGCUUCUUGUCUGUGUUAAUAUCAUGUGAGGUGUGAGGACUGUUUACCUGCCACUCCUCCUGUGUCUCUUGUGUGUGCAUGUUAUUGUUCUGUAUUUGGGUCAUCACCACUUCAAACAAAUCAAUGUGAGCCGGUUAAGAUGCA